AUGUCAACACCACAACCACCAAAUACAAACCCAUCACGGGUUAUACCUUUAACAUGCUCAGGUCAUACCCGCCCUGUUGUACAUUUGCAGUUUUCUCCCAUAACUACAGAUGGAACUUAUUACUUGAUAAGCGCUUGCAAAGAUUGUAAUCCGAUGUUACGAGAUGGUCCUACUGGUGACUGGAUCGGGACGUUCAUAGGCCAUAAGGGAGCAGUGUGGAGUGCUAAAUUGAGCAAAGAUGCUUCCAAAGCAGUUACUGCUUCAGCUGACUUUACCGCUAAGCUAUGGGAUACUUAUACAGGCGAUGUUUUGCAUUCGUUUACCCAUGGCCACAUUGUGCGUUCAGCUGAUAUUUCUGAAGACAGUACACGCAUUGUGUCGGGUGGACAAGAGAAAAAAUUGCGAGUAUUUGAUUUAAAUAAACCGGAAGAGCCAGCCAUUGAAGUCGAGGCACACGAGGCUACUAUCAAGAGUGUUAUUUGGGAUGGAGAGCGGAAUGUCGUGUUAACUGCAGGAGAUGAUAAAGAGAUUCGAGCCUGGGAUGUGCGUGGUUUUAACCAGAUCAACAGCUACAAGACGGAACAACCAAUCACUAGCAUGGAACUUUCUCUCGAUGGCAAAUAUAUCACAUGCACAGCAGGGAAGACCGUCUACUUUAUAGACGCAUCAACUUACCAAUUAUACAAAUCUAUCGAUACUCAAUACGAUGUGUCAUCUGUGUCAUUACAUCGUGACCAUAAGCGAUUUGUCGCUGGUGGUAGUAAUGAUUUGUGGGUUAGAAUUUACGACUUUGAAAGUGGCAAGGAACUCGAGGUGUAUAAAGGACAUCAUGGACCCAUUCAUACAGUCAGUUACAGUCCUGAUGGAGAAAUAUAUGCAACUGGAUCAGAGGAUGGAACUAUAAGGCUGUGGCAGACUACACCAGGAAAGAGUUAUGGUUUGUGGCAGAGUAAGGCAACAAAAGACGAAAAGGAAAACGAAGUCAAUGGAAUAGAUUAA